GCCGUGUAAGGCACAUCCUCGUUCGUGCACCUUGCACAGUGCGUAUAUUCUCUCUAUUGCUACUGCUUUGUUGGGGCGUCCAGGCACGGCGAUCAGAGAUGAAGCAGUGUCUCGGAUGAACACAGAACAGCUAUUGUCCUCUCUGCGCGCGAAUGGAAUUGACCCUGGUGCAGCGCCCAAGAUACGAAGCGAAGACAAUGAGCCGCAACUUUGUGUGAGCCUUCAAGUCUUGAAGGAGACGACCCCCUAUGUCUAUGCGCAUCCCCUGCCGAACGCCGUCCUCGUCUCGCCUUACACAACAAUUGCCUUCAGGCCGAAGGACAAGGUGGACAGAGACAGCAUUGACGGCAAGAUUAGCGUCCGGGGAGAAGAAUCGGGCGAGCACUCAAAUGGAAAGAUGGACCUUCUUCAGGACGGCCGAACGGUAUGGUUCAGGCCUGACGAACCCUUCAAGCCCGGCGAGAAAGCCUACGUGAACGUGCGUUCGGGUAUCACAACGCGCACUGGGAAAGCGCUGCCCGCGGCCCAGUGGAGCUUCACCAUGUCAUGGCGCAAAGAAGACACAUAUUCCAUGGAACCCCGUAACUCUACAGGCAAAUCUGUGUCGAGCCCGGAGGACCUGCAGCUUCUCAAGAAGAUUGGAGAUAUGAUGUGGAUACCAGGUGGCAACUCUACGGUCAUCCAAGAAGGCCCCGAGCAUAUAAUGGGCAGUGAGGAUUGCGAAGAUGAAGGGAAGGGUGGCGGUGUUAUUCAUACGCCAAACUGUGCGUACAGGUAGGCGAUGGUAGGCGAUAGCAUGUAGAUGGUAGAGAUGUCUUUACCUGGAUCGGUCAUUUCGCGACUGGCCAGGACACUCCCUCACAGGUACCCACGAAUGGAGGUGACAUCUGGCGACCUGACGAGACUCUCCCACGGAUAUGUCUUUACCUCUUCUUGCAACCUCAACCUUUCCUCUCAAUCCGACAAGUUCCAUAUGAUCACGACCUCCCUUGGUGAUCCAAUUUUUUACGAACCAUCACCAUCGAGGGCAAGUAUGUAUGUCUGUACGUUUUCCCCGACAAACAACCGGCGGCUAAUCCUUCGGGAAGCAAACGGCACGGUCGUCAUUGGAGGGGCCGAUUACUCGAAUGCCGCCGCAUUCACGGCAGAUCAUGGGGCCCGCUUGAAUUAUCAUGACUUCCAGCUCUCAGCGCGAUCUUACCGGAAGGGCACUGGCCUUGUUCUGAUAUAUGACCCUCAACCAAUUAACAUUCACAAGACACGCGGGAAGCUUAAAUUUGGGGAGUCAUCGAGUAUGACGUGGCUAACAGGAUUCACUAUUCAAGAAAUCACGCCAGAAGGUUCGCAAGAGACAGGCAAUUACUAUGCUUUUUGCUCAUUCAUCACGCCUCCUUUCUUCCAGGUCAAGUGAUACUGGAAUGGCGAAGUUGGGACCACUUGCCUCGCAUGCUCUGGGAGACCCCGUCAAAUGUGAAAGACUAUCAUAUUUACGGCCAUGCCGAUGAAGGCGUCAGUGGGUACGUAGAGUCAUUGUCCGCGUACAUACAACGUACAUACGCGUAACGUCAUAACGUUCAAUGCUUACCUCUUGGGCAGGCGCGUGUGGGAUAUUGCACAUGCGAACGCAUUGGACGAGAUGGACGACGGGAGCAUUCUCAUAUCGCUGCGAUUCCUGCAUCAAUUGAUCAAGAUACACAGGGAGACAGGCGAAAUUAUAUGGCGGCUCGGGGGCAGUGGUGGAAACUUCGGAUAACGCCGGGGAGAAGGGUAGAUGUCUCAUUGUGAUUGGUGGUUGCAGGAUUAUCGGUGAUCCAAGGGGGCGUUUCACCGGACAACACGACGGGGAGAUAUUGGAGAUAACAAGAUCACUCUCUUUGACAAUCACUAUAGAAGAGCAGGGAAGAGGACGGCUCGCGCUGUGGACUAUCAGCUCGAGCUUAACGCCACAGAGAAGGUUGCCCGUUUCGUGUCAUCGUACGAUACCGGCGUUAAAUCGUAUGAAACACGAAUACUUGAGCUCAGAAACUCAUUACUUCUCAUAUGUAUUCCUGUGCCUGCUUGUCCUUCUCAGCUACGCAACCGGCGCAUACAGGCGCCUGUCCAACGCCAAUCGUGCGAUUUCCCUGGGGUUUCAAAUGAAAUCAGGACUGCCUAGCGGGAAUCCUUUCUACCUCGAAGUGACCGGUGAAGGAGAUUUGGUGGUCAAGAUGCAAUUUGUGUCUCGAAAUCUUUGGGCGUACCGGGCUCUUAAGGCCCCUUGGAUCGGUACGCCUACGUGGCCUCCGACAGCCCUCCUCGACGCCAACAACCCGACCAGGACACCGCGGCUUCAUUUCAGCUGGAAUGGUGCCACGGAGGUGAAGAAGUGGCGAAUUAUGACGGGGAAGAGUUGUGAUGACAAGGAACUGACAACAGCUUUUGCAGAAGUCGACAAGACACAGUUUGAACACUGGGUGGAUAUCCCGGAGGGAACCCGCAAGUGUCGGUGCUAUCAGGUUGCUGCUCUAGGUGAAAACGGAGAGGAAAUGAACAGAUCUAAAGUGGUGGCCACAUCAGCCUGCUCGGGUGGACAGGUAGAGUGAGGCGUGAAAACAUUUGAGCGCCUUGCACUCACCGUCGUCGUUGGUUUAAAAAAAAACAAAAAACAUUUCCGAUUUCAUCACCCGAAAACGAAACCAGAGCGUGUCGAAUUACUUUGUUUUGAUGUUGCUUGUGCAUGCGUCAACAUUCCUUUUUCCUCAUUCCACGCACAAUGUCAAAUUGAUGGUUUCCGAAGAUCUGAUGGUCUGUCCAUUGCCACGUUGCUACAUCAGAAAACGUCGCAAUAUGAAUUCGGGAAAGAAACACAGCACAAAGUUGUCUCCUGAUUCACCGCUCAUCUCUCCUGAUUCGGCGGGGGAAGGACUCAGUCGUGUGGACGGCCCUGUCGCAGAAUUGCUGCUCUCACCCACCACUGUGCCGCAUUGGGGUAGCCGCAUUGGGAGAGGCAAGCUGGCACAGUGGUGGAAGGUGACAGACAAGAGAACAGGCGUGUGAUGUGAGAAAUGUGCUGGCUGUGAAUGCCUUCAGUGAUUCAGUAAAACAGGACGAAGGCCGCCAUGUUCUACAUACAUAUGUAUGCAUAUACAUCGGGGGGUUUUGAGCAUCAUUGACAAUGAUUUGUCUCUGUCUCACUGAGCUCCUUGCUUGUUUUCCUCAUCUUGUCAACGAAUGAAAAUAUUGUGGGUUGGAGAGUGGCAUACACUUGGCAUCAGAAAACUGCAAAACUGUGACCAUGGUGGUGGUGGUUAAGGGUAAGAUUGUCCGUGUGUCCAUGCGCUGGGACGGUCGAUUACAUGUUCGCAUCCAAACUAUUGACAGCAACGAUCAAAGCAUUCGCUACCUACCCAGGCACGCCCACCUACCCACCCCUUGCAAUCAACGAGGGUGGAAAGGCCCCCGCUCUAGCAGCAGCCCCUCAGCAAAACCCGCCCUCUCCUGCCCAUUCCACCUGCUUGCCCGCCACGCCCUGCUCCGCACCAUGUGUGCGUUGCCCUUCUGCAGCAGCACAGUAAGUCGAGCUUACCACCUGUCCACUGCUGUCUCACGGAAGAACUCCACAUCGCCCUCCUCCAUAUAGACAGGUGGCCGCACAUGCCGGGCCAUACGGUUGAGGACGGCAGCCGCCUCGUCCCCCCACCGUCCAUAGCUCUCCGCCGACAGAUGUAUGCUAAGUGAUAUUGUGAGAAAGUGCGCCUGAAAACGAGGAGUAAGCAUGAGGUGAAUUCAUGCUUUCGGCAUGUACUCGGCGCGCCAGGCCCCACUUUGUCUGUCUUCCCCUCCCCCACAAGUCAUCGACGGCUUUCCAACUGCAGUAUUUGUGCCAGUGUACAACUGCCAUAUUGUCUUCUACCGAACAUUGACCCAUUGAAGCUUGCCUUUUGAAGCCCCCUCCCGCGUUCAAGGGGGAGGGGGCGACAUUGCAUGGUCCGCACAGACAUCUGACUUCACAGGAUGUGCCUUUACUGCAAUCACCCAUCAAAAACAGUCGAUUCUUGGCUUCUGGACCAGUCCUACCGCUAAUGACUCAGUCCUCUUCAUCCGCUCUCCCCGGAGGUGCGAGCGGAAUGCGUCCCUGCCCUGUGUGUUCCAAGUGACAGAGGAAGAGUACUGUGGUAUAAACUAAGACACCGUCCGCAUUUGUGGGAAUGAUGCUUUCUUUGCCGUCAGGACAUAGCACUCGGCGAGUAUGAUCCCAAAACAGGUGCUUUCUGUGCCCGUCAGUGUGGGACCUGCACAGAUGAUGACGACUGUGCCGCCGGACCAGGAGGAAGCGACCAGUGCUGUCCUAAGCUGAUCUUAAAAGAUGAAAUUGACUGUCGGCACACGAAGUGGGCACUGUGUGUCUCGACACCCGAAUCUACUGAGAUCCUGCGAGAGCAGUCCAGCCUCAUCGUGGCUGAAUACGAAUGUACGCGCGUACACAAACCCGGCCCGGUGUUGUGCUACGGAAAUGUGUAAUGUGUACACGCAAGAUGGACAUUACGCAACCACGGCAAGGAGUCUUCGACUGGGGAGACUGUGACGCCAUCGCUCAAGUCGCUAACGACCUCGAUCUUCGCUUCCGCCUGUAUACACUAGUGUGGCAUCGUGCGGUGGGUGUACGAUGUACGCAUGCAUGACGAUACUCAUGCUAUUCACGUGUAUACAGAUGCCCAGCUGGAUGCUCAAUCGGCCGCCACGGAAACGGAGGGGCAUCUUGUUAGACCACAUAGAGAAGGGCAUGGAGCACUUUCGUGAUGACCCCACCCUUUGGUCCAUCGACGUUGUCAAUGAGGGUAUGCAUACAGCCCGGUCCAGUCGCUUCCGCGUGGAACGUAUACGUGUCAUGUAUGCAGUCCUUCCUGACGACCAGCCCAUCCCGGAGCAGCCCAGGCUGAGAGAAUCCUACUGGACCAAGACGGAAGGUGGUGACGACUGGCCAGCUCUCGCCUUCAGGUCUGAACUUAUUUGUGCCGCGUUAAUCACAUGUGUUUUUCACACAGGAAGGCCAAGCAGACAGUCGGCGACAGGAGGAAUGUUCGGCUGCUCAUCAAUGACUAUGGAAUCAACUCGAUGUCGCGACGAGGGGUGGGAAUGCACACCGUCUAGGCAAGAGUGCCUAGUGUUGACGGACGCCUGUGUGUCUGUACGCAGGGGCGCCCGAAAGCUGCUGCCAUGUACCAUUAUUGCCGGCAGCUGCAUGGAAAGGGGGUGCCCGUGGACGGUGUGGGUGUGCUGGCGCACAUAAACAUUGCGAAGCGCGACUUCCACGGUAUGUAGUGCUUCACGCUAUCAUAGAAGUGCGCAUGUCCCGACUCUAUGCGAGUGUACGCAUACAGGUGUGCGGAAACAGUUCAAGCGCUUGAGCGAGAUCGGUCUGGAAGUUCAGAUAUCUGAGGUUGCCAAUGAAAGGAGUCGUCUGUUGCUCCUUCAGCUUGACGUCUCUUGCGGUCACUGGCACGGCAGCCGAUUCAAAGCAUGCGAUGGCAUGAACGACCUCAGGGAGUUCAUGCAGGUGGGCACAGACAGAUGCAGGCAGGAACGGGCACUUGUGUAUCUGUCCACGCUGAAGGUCGAGGCAUACAAGGCCAUGGUGCGCAUAUGCAUGGACGCGGUCAACUGCACAGGUGACGGAUGGACACAUGCACACGUUAAAGAAAAGAACCUUGGGUAUGCAUGUCCAUCUAUGCGUCGGCGUGUGGGGCGUCUCCGACGAUGGGUCUUGGCUACAUAGCGAGUCGCGCAAUAAGACGCCACUCCUGUUCGACUCGCAUUUGAAGAAGAAGCGGGCCUCUUAUGGCGUCAAGGAAGCCAUGCAGACGUGAUCUGCGCUUGUAUGAUGUGAGCUUGGCUUGGAUUGUUGCCAGCACUCCUCCUUGUGAGACCUCGUGAGACUAUUUUUGCUUGUCUGGCGGGGGAGGCGCUGGCAAGCAAAAAGGAGGCGCCAACCAACGACACAACCAACGACACACGCGCCAGCCAGUGAUAAAACCUAGGUGGGCGUUUACGACGAGGCGUUCAAGAGUUGUCAGGCAGCAAAAAUGGAUAAGAAUGCAUCUCAAGACACGUGUCUUGACGUGUGUCCAGAAUCCUGCUGUGUCACAUUUCUUUAUUCUGCCCUGUUGCCUGUUUGAUGUCGAUCGCCGGUCGCUCAUGUCCCCAAGACGUUUCAGUAGGGAUAUCAGAAACUGUGCUAUGCCUUCUCGCGUCAACAAGACCUGCACACAAAGUGGCAGGGAAAUGAUGAAAUCGAGACUGAGCCCCCUGUAACCAUGCCAAGGUAUUCACCGCCAAUGCCAUCCCCCUCGACACUUGGUCCAAUGGCCUGCUGGUCCACUGGAUGUAUCGUAACAACGGAGAGGUCAUCCAAACAACGUGUGACCUGUUUCCUUAGGUGGGUUCGAAGAAUUUUAGUGUCGGCCAGAAACAGACCGAAUGUGUCGAACCUCUGGGGUGUGUGUGUGUGUGCGGACACUGUACAGAGGACGUUCAGCUGAGCCUCAGCUGGACUCGAGAUAUGAGGGUAAGCCGGGCCUUUCUUUUUCUUCCUCGCUGACGUCUUUCUGACAAGGCGAAUCAGAAAUAGCUGCAGUCGGUAGCGGCGAGGAGAGCAUCGAAGGACUCUUAUCUGAUCAUAUAGUUAAGGUUAAGCAAGAGAAACGUCACAUGCUUACCUGUGAUGCGCAAAUCCUGUACUUGGGCUGUUUAUCCUGGGAUGCGGCAUAUCUCAUCGACAUGCAGCCAUGCCCAUACAGCACUUGACACAAUGUCGCGAUCGAGCAACAGUAUACCUCUCA